CAAGGACUCAAAUCUCCUCAACCAGAACCAGCGAAGCGUGCGUGGACGCGUCCUAUUCUUCUUCCCUCCCCGACCUUUCCCCAACUUCUCCCUCCUUCAAAUCCGAUCUCCCCGCAAGGCCGCAAUCAUGCGCAACUCCACCGCCGCCCAGCCCUCUACUCCCUCCUCCGCCCCCGUCAUGUCCGGCUCAGGCCCCGCUUACGUGGCGCCGGCCUCUUCCACCCCCGUCGGCGGCGGAUACACCUACCCGGCGCCGGCCUCCUCCGGGGGCAGCGCCGGCUACGCCAGGAUCCCGACCUACCCCGCGCCCCCGUCGUCGUACCCCGCCACCAACCCUCCCACGCCGCAGGUCUCCACCAACGCCCCGGUCCAGGACCCCACGGCGCCGCCGUCUCCGCUGGCCAAGGCGGGCGAGCUCGUCGCGCGGCUCCGCGAGCAGGGCCAGGCGCUGAUGGCGGCGCGCCGGCCCUGGGCCGAGGUCUUCCGCGCGGCGGCCUUCUCCAGGCCACCGUCGCUCGGGGAGGCGCUCGCCCGGACGCGCCGCAACGCCGCCUACUUCCGCGCCAACUACGCGCUGGCCGUGCUCGCCGCCGUGGCGGCCUCGCUGCUCUGGCACCCCGGCACGCUGCUCGCGCUCGUCCUCCUCUGCGCCGCCUGGUUCUUCCUCUACUUCGCGCGGGCGCGGGUGAACCAGCCGCUCAGGGUCCUGGGGACGGAGUUCGACGACGGGACCGUGCUCGCCGCGCUCUGCGGGGUCACCGUCGUCGCCUUGCUCUUCACCAGCGUCGGCUGGAACGUCGUGGGCUCCGUCAUGGUCGGGGGCGCGCUGGUCGGCGCGCACGCCGCGCUCAGGACCACCGACGACCUCUUCCUCACGGAGCAGGAGGCCGCCGGGGACGGGCUGGUGGCAGCCGGGCCCAUCUUGCCCACCUAUGUCCGCAUCGUUUGAUUCAUUCGCGCAGCUGGGCGGUGUCAUUCAUCAAUCUUGAUGUUAUUGCUUGCAGACAGUAGCAAUUUUCCUUGUAAUUACCAUCACGAUGAUGUCUGAUAUUGGUUGUGGGUGUGUAAAGAUCUAUAUUUGUUCAGAAAGACAACUGCGAUAUCGCGCACA